AUUCAUCCGCGGCGAGUGGCCUCGCGGAGCCGGAUUCGUCGCUCCGCCGGGAGUGCGCCUGCGCGGUCGCCGGGGCUCCCACCUCAGCUUCCCCUCCCCCGGCCCCCUCGGGGGCUCCGAGCCCGGCGGGACCAUGUUCACCAGCACCGGCUCCAGUGGGCUCUACAAGGCGCCUCUGUCGAAGAGCCUUCUGCUGGUCCCCAGUGCCCUCUCCCUCCUGCUAGCCCUCCUCCUGCCUCACUGCCAGAAGCUGUUUGUGUAUGAUCUCCACGCAGUCAAGAACGACUUCCAGAUUUGGAGGUUGAUAUGUGGAAGAAUAAUUUGCCUUGAUUUGAAAGAUACUUUCUGCAGUAGUCUGCUUAUUUAUAAUUUUAGGAUAUUUGAAAGAAGAUAUGGAAGCAGAAAAUUUGCAUCCUUUUUGCUGGGUUCCUGGGUUUUGUCAGCCUUAUUUGACUUUCUCCUCGUCGAAGCUAUGCAGUAUUUCUUUGGCAUCACUGCAGCUAGUAAUUUGCCUUCUGGAUUCCUGGCACCUGUGUUUGCUCUGUUUGUACCAUUUUACUGCUCCAUACCAAGAGUCCAAGUGGCACAAAUUCUGGGCCCGUUGUCCAUCACAAACAAGACAUUGAUUUAUAUAUUGGGACUACAGCUUUUCACCUCUGGUUCCUACAUCUGGAUUGUAGCCAUAAGUGGACUUAUGUCCGGUCUGUGCUACAACAGCAAAAUGUUCCAGGUGCAUCAGGUGCUCUGCAUCCCCAGCUGGAUGGCAAAAUUCUUUUCUUGGACACUUGAACCCAUCUUCUCUUCUUCAGAACCCACCAGCGAAGCCAGAAUUGGGAUGGGAGCCACGCUAGACAUCCAGAGACAGCAGAGGAUGGAGCUGCUGGACCGGCAGCUGAUGUUCUCUCAGUUUGCACAAGGGAGGCGACAGAGACAGCAGCAGGGAGGAAUGAUCAAUUGGAAUCGUCUUUUUCCUCCUUUACGUCAGCGACAAAAUGUAAACUAUCAGGGUGGUCGGCAGUCUGAGCCAGCAGCGCCCCCUCCUCUAGAAGUUUCCGAGGAACAGGUCGCCCGGCUCAUGGAGAUGGGAUUUUCCAGAGGUGAUGCUUUGGAAGCCCUGAGAGCUUCAAACAAUGACCUCAAUGUCGCCACCAACUUCCUGCUGCAACACUGAUGGUCCCAGGCCAACACUGGGACCGGACCGGCCGCCGAGUGACAGUGCGUGGUCCCCACCAUCAGAUCAGCCCGGGGACCGAGCAUCUCUGGUGCUGAUGUUCUUGUGGGAAGAGGGAGGUUCCACCACACCCCUGCCUUCAACCCCAAGACUGUUGCCAUUAUAGUAUGGAAAUAAGUUUGCCAUUACAUUAGCAUGUAUUUUCUACCUAUAUUUUUUAUUGGGCAUUUUCCCUAGGUUGGAGAGUCAUCACUCGUUUUGAAUGGGUUUAAAAUGCAUUAAAAUGGAAGAUUUCUGCAGGCAGUUGAAUGGCACUCCAGAUGGGGAAUUGCCGUAACCCUCUUACUGUAACGUGUCAUCUCCUGCGUUGUGAUGGGGAGAGGGUGAUGUUAUUUCAUAAAGGACAUGUCAGAUCCUUCUUCAUUGACUUUUUUAGUUACUGUUUCUUCUCUCAAACUUGUUUUCAAAUCUCUUGGGAGUGAGGGAGAAACGGGGAGCUGAAUCCUCCCCCGAGCUGUUCCAGGCCAGGGGACUCCGCAGUACCUUCUCCUAUAUCUAGUAACAAAGAAUGGUGAUAACCAUGCACUGGUUCAAGGUUCUGGAGUUCUCCAUGAAACUUGGGUUAAUUUUGCUCAGAAUAUCCAGAGUUAGCCACUAGGCUGCGGGUGAAAUGGGAUGGAGAAGAGCAGCAGGCUCUCUGGAGCCACAUGGGCUGACUAGGGCACUCUGUGGCUGGCCUGGCACGGGCUCAGCCCGGGAAGAGGAGGAACGAUCCCUUGCCUGCCCCGUCCCUGUGGCAGGGCUAGCUGCCUGGCCCUCUCGGCUUGUAGCCAGUCAGCCCCUCUGGCAGCAGGUUCUCCUCAGGGCUUAGGUCUUGAACCUGUGGCGGCAGGAGGCAGGGCAGACUGUGGAGGACGGGAUGCAGGUCGGGGAGAGGGAAGGCAGGGGUGGACCGCCCUGAGCAUGAAAAGACCCCAAGCAAGUUGACUCUUGCAAUGUGCAACUGUUAUGUUCUGCAAAAUGAGCAACGAUGUAUCAAAUUGAUGCAAAUUUAGAUGUUGAUACUUACAAUAAAGUUUUUAAUGUGUUUUACUCUUCAGUAUUUUUCUGUCAGACUUGUACAAGUAAAGCCUUGUUCCAGGCUAUGCAUUUACCAGUCAACC